CUUGAGUGUUAUUUACGUCACUGAAACGGGUAUAGAAAUAUAGGCCAGGUACCAUUUUAAAUUUAUGAUUUCGAAAUAUUUAAACUGCCGGGUAUGCAGUUCCGAGUUCGAGUGCAUGUGAUGAUUAGUCAUACAAGUUUACUUUGAAAAGACCUAAAAAUGGGGAACAUUAGUGGAUCUGGACUGGGAGUACUGUCUUUUCUUGCUAUCUUUAUGUGUCUCUCAGAAGUGCUAGUUGAUGCUGUAACUUCAUCCUCGUACGAAUUUGGAGAGGAUUGCUUUUCGAGCAAUGGAGGAUUGAAAGAAGACGCAAAAAUAAUCGUGCGAUACGAAGGGAAAACAGUUUCCAUUUGCGACUACUUUUCCUUUGAACCAGCUUCAUCAACAGAGACUGGAAUUAGCUACAAACUCUGUGUUAGACCUUUAAACUUUACAGACCCUGAUUGUUCUGUGCAGUUGGAGAUGAAAUCCACUUACUUUGGCUCCAGAUUGCAUACUAUCACCUGUUAUACAGGAACCACGACCAACUUUUGUGGUGAUGAAGACAAUGAUCUUUAUAUAUAUUUCAAAGAACGUGGCUAUACAUCGACAUAUAAUGCCAGAUUUAUGCUUCAGGUCUACGCUCAAAGAGUAGAUAAUAGCGCUAUAGUGUGGGGAGUUAUCGGAGGUGUGCUUGCAGCCAUUGUUCUUUUCUCUGCUGCUGCUGGUUUAGUAUUCUGGUGCAUAUGCAAACGAAAACCAGCUCAGGGUAGAGUACUUAACCAUGGUCAACCAAAUGCAGGUACCGCAGUGAAUCAGCCCGCAUACCCCUACGCUUCAUACUCCACACAAGUUGGCAAUCCAGUCACCAAUCUCUAUCCAGUAGGAAACUACCCAACACAGUACUCAACGGGGACUACCCCACAACCGCAGUAUCAGUAUCAACCCCAGCCUCAAACUGCUUCCUAUCAGGAACCUGAAAAGGUGCCUUCUGCUCCCCCUCCAAGUUAUGACGAAGCGCAUCAGUGAUUCAUUACCCACUUUUAUAGAAAUAAUGAUCGACAUUUGAAUCUCAUAAAGUGCAAAGAAGGUUAUUUUUUCUUUUUAACCACUGUUUCAUCUAUUUAUGUUGACUUGUUUUACAUGUAUCUGUCGCUCAGGUUUUUUUAAUCAAUAUCUAAACAAUGGAUGCAAGUAAGCGUGAACCAUUUUGCUUUUUUCUGAGUAUCAUGCAUUGAUAGAAUAUAUAUAUUGUUAUUUUUGUUACUUGACUUUGCAGCUUAUGGAUAAUCUCUUCUUUUUUGGGUACUCAAAGAUGUCUUACUAAAUGUUUCCAUAAUUAUUUUUUAAAAAUCUGAAAUACUUACACCUUAGAUAUAACUUACUUGAUAAAUAGAUUUACUAAUAACAUAUCAAUCAAAAGAGCCUAAAAUGGACGAAAACCAAAGAUAAGUGAUUAAAAACAAAGUAUCGAUAUGUAUGCAAAUAUAUAGAAGGAACGAAUUAUGUUGGAAUUAACAGGAAUUCAUCGCCUACUAAUAAAACAUUGCUAUGUCUUGAUCAGAAUAUAUGUGCAAAAAACUAUAUAUUUCCGUAAAAACGUAUGUUUUCACAGUUUCCCUACGCAUAACUAUAUGAUACAAAGCAAUUUCAAUCUUGUGUUGCAGCUUCUAACAUUUUACAAUUCACAAGAUCAUAAGGUAUGUAAAGUACGUGAUAAAAAAUGUGAUAUGUAUGUGGUAUAACCAAAGUUUACGAUUAUUUAGCAGUCAAAUGACAUGUAAAACUUAUUCGAGAGUAAAUUGCCGUUUCUUCAAAAUAAAACCCUAAACUUAUUUUGACCUGUGAUAUGCUGUAUUAUUGCCGGUAUAUUAACAUCACUGAUAAAACUACUGAAUUUUACCUGAACGUUUGGCUGAUAAAAUUAAGGCUGUGUCAUAUUUCAUUUGUUUCUUGAAAAGUUAACCUUAUUAUUCAUCUUUAUGUCUGCUUGAUUUACAAGUGAUAAAGGAGGCGAGCAACUGUGUAGAGGAAAAAUUAAAGGAAAGAAAGUGUGUAACACUUAAGGUGCCUCACUACACCUUGAAAUAAAUUCUCAAAUCAGCAGAAAAUUACUUGAUUUUGAUAGAAAGCAUGAUGGAUAAGAAGUAUAUAUAUCAAAUGGGCGAAAAAAUGUGCAAUUUUAAAUAAAAAAGUUCAUUCAGUAAACAUAAACAUAAAGUCCCAGGUGGAUUCAAACUCAUAGCCUGCGGUUCACAAGCCUGAUAUUUUAACCACUGAGCUAUAACGAUAUAUAUCUGAAUCGAUUGAUACAAAGAGUUUAACAAAACAUCUGAAUCGAUUGAUACAAAGAGUUUAACAAAACAUUGAAAUCGUCAUCUUGUGACUUAGUAUGUUAAAAAGUACAAGUGCGGGUGUAGUGAAGUACCUUAAUUUCGUAUUUGUGUUAAAUUUUUAAUUUUUUACAGACUUGUUUAAGGUUAAGUUUAUGAUAAUUUAUUCCAAUUAUUGACCAGAUUUCAGUUAUAUUACAUGUACGUGUACUUUGACAUAAAAUAAAAAAAGUUUGGUUUUAAGUAUGA